AGAAACUUUAAUGAAAUGCGCUCUCAGGCGUGAAUCGGGAGAAGUCGGAGUUUGGAGAAAGCAGGUUGGAUGCUGGGAAGAUGAUAUAGGAAUGGGAUUGAUGGAAGAGGACUUCAUCGUUUUUCUUCUGCUUUCAUGAAGGGAAACAUCCACAUUUUUUACCUUUAUAUCAUCGAAGUUUGCCCCUUAGUGCCUUUUCCCCAGUUUCCAGGUCAGCCUGAUCCUCUCCAAAAAGAUCCACCGCCUCUUCCUAAAGAUGAAUUUCGAUCAGAUCCUCUCUGCCAUCGACGGCUUUGGCAGAUACCAGAAGAUCCUCUACAUCUGGAUUUGUUUACCUCAGAUCCUGCUUGCUUUCCACAUGAUGGUGAGCAUCUUCACCGGAGCCACGCCGCCCUUUCACUGUAAGGAAAGCUCCACUUUAGGAGAAAACCAGACAGAUGUACCUCCAGGGAACCUGUCGGACUCUCCCUGCUUCUCCUCGGAGGUGAUGCUGCUGCAGGGCAACCGGACGGAGCGCGUCCCGUGUGGCCAAGGAUGGGUCUACAGCAGGGAGACUUUCCAAAGCACCACUGUCACUGAGUGGGAUCUGGUGUGCAGCAAAGCUGGACUGAACAGCCUGGGAUCAUCCAUCUACAUGUCCGGCCUGUUGGUGGGAUCUGUGCUGUUCGGAGCCAUGGCUGACAGGUACGGCCGGCGUUUCGUCCUGCUGCUGUCCAUCGCUCUGCAGACUGUGUUCGGAGUGGCUGUAGCUUUUGCACCCAACUUCCCGGUCUAUGUGAUUCUUCGCUUUGCAGUUGGGACCACCAUUUCAGGAGUCAUUAUCAACGCUUUUAUUCUUGGAACCGAGUGGACGUGUACCAAGAGACGCAUGCUGGCGGGCAUCAUCACAGACUACGCCUUUGGCCUGGGUUACAUGCUGCUUGCUGGGGUGGCCUACCUCAUCCGGGACUGGAGAAAGCUGCAGCUCGCUAUAUCGGCCCCGGGCUUCCUACUUAUCUUCUACAUACGGGUGCUCCCCCAGUCAGCGAGAUGGUUGCUGGCCAACGACAGGAGAGAGGAGGCCAUCGCUCUCCUUCGUAAAGCAGCCCUUGUUAACGGCCGAGUCUUACCUCCUUCUGUCCAGGCUGAAAAGUGGGAGUUUUUAGGUGGUUCGAAGCGAAGCCACUCACCAAUGGAUCUAGUCCGGACUCCACAGAUGAGAAAGAGAGCCCUUAUUUUGUUCUACAUCUGGUUUGUGAAUGUGCUGGUAUAUUAUGGGUUGUCCCUGGGUGUCUCCCGGUUAGGGACAGACCUCUACCUGACCCAGUUUGUGUUUGGGUUGGUUGAGAUCCCAGCCCGCACUCUGGUCCUGGUCGUCCUGCCCCUCAGUCGACGCCUCACCCUGAGUGGCUUUCUGGCUAUCGGGGGUCUUGCCUGCUUGUUGAUGCUGGUUGUUCCUGCAGAUCAUCCUAAUGUCCUAACUGGGCUCGCCAUGGUAGGGAAGUUUGGUAUAACGGCUUCAUUUGCUGUCAUCUAUGUAUACACCGCUGAGAUUUUCCCUACGGUUGUGAGGCAGACAGGAAUAGGCGUGUCCAGCAUGUUUGCAAGGAUGGGAGGUGUAUUAGCGCCUGCAAUAAACAUGCUACAUAACCACAGCCCCACCACACCGCUCAUCAUCUUCGGCACUUCCCCCCUUCUGGGAGCCGUUCUCGCCUUGGCACUGCCUGAAACUGCUGACCGACACCUGCCGGACACCCUGGAGGACGUGGAGAACUGGGAUGUCAGGUUGACUCCGAUUUUGGAAAACCUUGAACCAGAUGAAGAUUUCGGCCCAACAGAGAGCAGCUCCGAAAAGCAGGAACUUCAACAUCUAGCCAGCUAGAACUCUCUUUUUGCCGUAGCAAAGACGACCUCGGUCCGUCAACAUAACAUUUCACUGCCUCAGAUCUAUAUCUAACACACUCAGUCAACAUCUAUGCAACUACAUGUCAGGAAGUGGUUAUGAGCUCUAUGCAAGAAGGCCAGUCAUGUUUCAGAAACCAUGCAAGCACAAGGUAUUCACAUACACACAAAGAGGGCACUCAGCUUCCCUGCCAAGACCAAUAAAAAGCUCACUUUUUGAAGCAGACGAGGUAAGAACCAAUAUUCCAGCAUAGCUGCAGUCAACACUUUUGUUUGACCGCUACCCAAUUUGUACAUCUAACCCAGUUUAUGAAGAAGAUCGAAUAAUAGAGUCCUAUAGGAAAUAGCAACUCACUCUGGGAGUUUGCAGAAAUGUUUGCAUGUUUGUACACUUUUAUAAACUGUUUUGUAGAACUGCAUUCAGAGAGAGGAGAACUAGCAGAUCAACAGCUAUGUUACAAGCUCCACAGAGCCACAGCUAAAAGCAGAAACACCUCUCACAUCGAAGCAUUUAUGUGUAAUAGCAUAUGGUUUUGUUGUCUUAGAAAGGUUAAGAAUUUUGUAAGUACAAUCUCUGAUAAGCAAAACAUUUUACAGUGUCAAUUCCUAUUAAAUAACCACUAAAUUCAGUAGUGUAUAGGAAAUGUCGCCAUGGAUUAUCAAUUAGAUUUAAUCAUUAGUUUUAGUCUAUCUUUUCUUUAACUUCAGUUAACCUCAGACAUUAAUUUAGACAAAACUCUAUUGCAUCGGUUUAGCAGAUUUGGUGCAGGUGUUUGCUUUUUAUUUUGUAUGAGCCAGUUUCCUGAACCAUCCGCUACCGUGCAUAACAUUUGUUCUGAAUUCUUCUGUUAAUGCCAGUCAUCUGUAACCUGACUCCGCCAGAUGGAUUUGCUCCGCAUAUCCAUCUGGAAACCUUCCGUUGAAGU